UUCUAUCCGCCUUCGCCUGGGCCGGGCCGGUCGGUUUGGAAGGCGUGCGCGCGCAGAACGCGAAGGCCGGUGGUCAAUCGCCUGAGGCUAUGGCGGCGGCUGCCGGCAGCGGCGGCCCGUCGAACUCAGCCGCCGCUGCUGCGGGGGGUUGGCGGCUUCCCGGUAGGGUACUCGAGUUCGUCUUCUCCUACUUGGACCUCCGGGAGCUACGGAGCUGCGCGUUGGUGUGUAAGCUGUGGUACCGCGUUUUGCACGGCGACGAGAACAGCGAGGUGUGGCGCAGCCUGGCGGCUCGCAGCCUGGCCGAGGAGGCGCUACGCACCGAUAUCCUCUGCAACGUGCCCACCUACAAGGGCAAGGUACGUUCCUUUCAGCAUGCUUUCAGCACCAAUGAUUGUUCCAGAAAUGUUUAUAUUAAGAAGAAUGGAUUUACUUUGCACCGGAAUCCCAUUGCUCAGAGUACCGAUGGAGCAAGGACCAAGAUUGGCUUCAGUGAAGGCCGUCAUGCUUGGGAAGUCUGGUGGGAAGGUCCUCUUGGUACAGUGGCAGUAAUUGGAAUUGCUACAAAAAGAGCUCCCAUGCAGUGUCAAGGUUAUGUGGCCCUCCUGGGGAGUGAUGACCAGAGCUGGGGCUGGAAUUUAGUGGACAAUAAUUUAUUACAUAAUGGAGAAGUUAACGGCAGUUUUCCACAGUGCAACAAUGCCCCAAAAUAUCAAAUAGGUGAGAGAAUUCGUGUUAUCCUGGAUAUGGAAGACAAAACCUUGGCUUUUGAGAGAGGCUAUGAGUUCUUAGGAGUUGCAUUUCGAGGACUGCCAAAGACAUGUCUGUAUCCAGCAGUGUCUGCUGUAUAUGGCAACACUGAGCAAGAACAUGAAAAUCAAGUGGACAAUGUGGAGAAACCUGCAUAUUGGUUAACAGGACAGCAUGAGGAAAAUACAUGGAUGUGUGCUCAAGAAACCAAAACUUGUGCUUAAAAAGACCAACUGUUCUUAACAGAAUGCGCUGACAUUUCCUUUUUCUGCCGGACCAGAAAAAUUCCUCAGGGUGGGGGGGUUUACAGUUAAAGAGGCAGUUAACCACAAGCAUGUUGCAUUGGAUUUUGUACCAAGAGUGGCAAUAUGGAAUCCUGUAUAUACGUAAGGAAUUGUUUCAUAGAAGUAACUGAGGAAGUUAUCUAAUAUGUGAGAGUAAUGUGUUCUGUGGAAAAGGUUUCCAUUUUGAGAGCGAUUUGUUUUUUUCCAACUUUUAAUCCAGUGUGUUUUACCAAAGGUAAUAAACUUAUUGGAUUUUAUUUAAUAUAUUUUGAUUGUGCUGGGAAGCACUGAUUCUGGAGAUCAGUUUUCCAGAGCUAUAUUGUGCAGCUAUACUGAAGUGUAUUUUAAAAAUUGUUUGUAUAGAAACUAAAAAUUGAAUGAAAGAAAGGUUUGCUAACCAGUAUGUAAUUUCUUAAAUGGAAAAACCACUACAUGUCAAAUGUCAAUCUUUGUCUAGGAAUUUGACAAGUGCAUUUCUGUUUUGUUGUGCCACAUCUCUUUUGGCAAAAGGAGCAAUGUAUGCUUAUUAAAUAAUGGUUGAGGUUGAUCAAUAGAAUAGUAUAUACAUGGAAGGGUAAAAUUUAUUUCUAAUGUAUUUUGAAAAAUUAGGUUUUCAAAGUAUUUCCAAAUAGUGGCCAUUUCAAAAUAUUCAAUUCCUUAAAUUAAAUAAACUGAAAUUAAAACAGGGAUUCCAUUCCUGAUAGUCAAAUUUCAGUAUGGAUGGAUUUACUUUUGUUAAAAUUUAUUACAAAGGCUGAAAAGAAUUUGUAAAAAGUUAAUGAAUUUUUUGUGGUGGAAGAACUUGUGGAUGAUAGAAUGAUUGUCCUUUCUCACAAUAGUUUUUCCCCAGAUUAUCCUAGAUCUUUGCCAUUCCCUGGUAUCCAUUGCCUGCACAAUUUAUUUUUUAACUUUGUAAUUCCACAGGCCAACUGUUGGUACUAAAUGUUAUUUUGUUUAUAAAUCUAUUUAUUUAAAGAUAUUGAUAAAACACUUUCAGUGCAAUCCUAUGCAUAUUUCUUUCAAAAGCAUAUCAGAUGAUAUUCAAAGUUUUUUCCACAUAUGCAUAGAAUUGUGACAUUUGGGAGGAAAUAAAUAUUGUUUACAUUGUUUUCUACAUAAUCUAAAAUAUGUGGUCUUGCAAACAUCAGACAAUUCCUUAAAUAUGAAAAAAAAAAUUAAAGAUAUUUUUUUAUUUUUGUUCAAGCCAGGAAAGGCUGAUUGAGUUCUAUGGGUGCUGCUAAAUACAAGUUUUAUAUAUAUUUUUAAAAGGCUUCUAACCUAUGGCUGGAAAGUACAUUUACUCCAUACAAAGUUUGGAAUGGUAGUAUUUAAGCCAGCAUCUGAUUCCCAAUACUUGGCAGUAGCUAUAGACAUGCUUGUCUUUUUCAUUUCUGUUGUUUUUCUUGGCUUAACCAGCUUGAUAUCUGUCCUUCACCUUGGCAAAUAAAGUCUGUGGCAAAAAGAUGUUGGUUAAUUGUUCUGGAAUAUAUCUCUUUUUUUAUCAGCUUUUCUUUUUAUAAAGGCACAAGACAGCAAUGGUGAUUGCAUUAGGCUAAUUAAGAAGAGACUCCCAA